AUGACUCCAGCUGCAUCUAAGCUUUACACAGAUGAUGUUAGCCUAUUGAUGGUGUUAAUCGAAACCAACCCGUUUUUCUGGAACUCCAUCAAUUCAACUCUUUCCUUCUCCAAGUUCAUCUCCAAUGUUCUGGCAUUUUUGAACUCAAUACUUUUGUUAAAUCGGCUAAACCAAGUUGUAGUGAUUGCGACAGGGUACAAUUCCUGCGAUUACAUUUUUGAUUCCUCAGCUUUACACAAUCAUAACCAAAAAGCGGAGAGUCUGCUGCAGAAAUUGGAGGAGUUUGUGGACAAAGACGAGUCACUGUGCCGCGAUGACUCAGUUGAUGGCCCUGGCUUUUCUCUUCUUUCAGGCUCCCUCUCCAUGGCUCUCUGCUAUAUACAGAAGGUGUUUCGAUCAGGGCCGCUUCAUCCACGGCCUCGAAUUCUAUGCUUGCAUGGAUCUCCAGAUGGACCUGGACAAUAUGUUUCAAUCAUGAAUGCAAUUUUCUCUGCUCAACGCUCCAUGGUGCCUAUAGAUUCGUGCAUAAUGGGAGCUCAACACUCUGCUUUCCUCCAGCAGGCUUCUUAUAUAACUGGUGGUGUAUAUCUGAAGCCUCAACUUUUGGAUGGGCUUUUUCAAUAUCUCACGACAGUGUUUACAACAGAUUUGCAUUCUCGCAGCUUUUUACAACUUCCUAAGCCUGUGGGAGUGGAUUUUCGUGCAUCGUGCUUUUGCCACAAGAACACAAUUGACAUGGGCUUCAUAUGUUCUGUGUGUUUGUCGAUAUUCUGCAAGCAUCACAAGAAAUGUUCAACCUGCGGGUCAAUCUUUGGUCAGGCUCAAACACAGGAUUCCUCCACGCCUGAUCGGAAGAGAAAGACUUCGGUUGAUAAGUGA